AAUAGAGAAGCAUGGGGACAUAUUAAGAGUCCCAAUUAAAUAAAUGUUCACGUCAAUAUAUGUUUUUGCCCUUGUGUCUUAAUCUCUCAAACCAGCAGAUGGCGAUGCUUAUAUUCUUUCUACGUUUUACAUGCGUGGGUACGUCUUUACACUCCUCAAACAGGUCAUGUUUCAAGCCACGCCCCUAAAAGUACACUCGUGUUUUGAUUGGUCAGUGAGACAACUUCUCAAAUAACAUGAACGCAAAAGUUAACUAACCUAUACAAGCUUUGAUUCUGUGAGUAUUUUUUUUAAUGGAAACAAAAACGUAGCUUUACUAGUUUGCUAACCCAUGUAGGGGUUUUCUAAGAGCAAUGUUGAGUUUUGUAAAGAAAGUUUAAAAGUUAAGAACAGUUAAGUUAGGUGUCGAAUCUAUUUGUAACUUAACGUUACAUCUUCCGAAAAAGUCUGCGAUGUCGCUUGAAAAAAAGCAAUCGAUUCAUAAGGACUUUAAUAAAAGUACAAUUCGGACUAAUGGGGACGCUGGAAAGGCAUCCAAAGCGGUCUGUCGGGUCUGUAAUCGGAUGUUUCGAGACCCUAAACUUCUUCCCUGCCUGCACACGUUUUGUGCGGAUUGCGUUCGACAGCUCGAGCCGUUUGCUGUGCGCGUGAAUGGGGAUCAUUUAUCGCCUGAAGACGAGACGGGCAGACGAGACUCCGCCACUGUUCUGUGUCCCGAGUGCGAUUCAGAGGUGGUCCUUCCGCUGUCGGGGGUAGAUGGGCUGACCACUGACCACCUUGCGCUGGACGAGGUUUUCGCAGAGACCCUGUUGAUCGAAAACAGCGUUUUGUGCGACUUGUGCAGCGACGGUGACGCGGAGAAGCGUUGCGAGGUGUGCUGCGUCAAUCUCUGCGACUUCUGCAGUCAGGCACACAGGAGGCAGAACCGGACCUCGUCUCACUCCAUCCAAUGUCUCCAGGAGCUAAAAUCUCAGGGCCGUCUCACUAGACCCGUCCUGUGCUCGCUUCAUCCCGGCCAGGAGUUACGUCUCUUCUGCGAGCCCUGCGACCUCACCGUGUGCCUGGAGUGUGCAGCCACCUUUCACCGUGACCACCACUGCAGCCCCGCACAUGAGGUCAUCAGUCACCAUGGAGAUCGCAUCAGAGAUGUGGUUGUCAGGAGCUUAAGACCUAGGCUCACUCGUUUGGAGGAGAAUUUGAGACGUGUUGACAUAUCACAAGAGGCCUUGCAGGUGCGGACCGACACGUUGGCAGGCGAAAUCAGGGCAUUUGCUCAGAGCUACGCCAGCGCUGUGGAGGCGCAUUGCCGCUCUCUUCUGCGUUCACUGGAAGACUUGAGGUUGCAGCGAAGAAACCAGCUACAACUGCAGAAAGCUCAGUUUCAGCAGUCCCUGUCUGACCUCCGUGGCGGGGUGGACUUCGCAGAACGCUUGCUCACGUGCGGUUCAGAUGCAGAAAUCCUAAGUGCUAAGGGGGUUACAAUGAGGAGACUCAUGAUCCUAGCGGAAUCAGGAUUCGACCCACACCCCAUGAUGGUUGUCCAAGAUAAUGCCAGCAGCAUCUGUUUCCUCCCUCAGGAGAGUGCUGGGAAGGUGGAGGGCUUUCCUGUGGUAGGAGUCCUAUAUGCCAAGGCUGUGGAUCCCAGCAAGUGCAUCAUCCAGGGUGAAGGCGUGGAGCAGGGUCGUGAAGGUCAGCAAGGGGAGUUCACUCUGGUGUGCAGGGAUUCCUCCGGAGAGCAGAUGGGCAGAGGUGGAGACCCAGUGCUGGUCAGCAUUGUUCACAAGGACAGGAAGGUCUGCACUGUGGAGGCGGCAGUAGUGGAUAAAAGUGAUGGCUCCUAUAGUAUCUCAUACACACCAGCUGAACCAGGAGUCUACUCUGUGUGGGUCUGUGUUAAAGCUCAGCAUGUCCAGGGUUCACCUUUUGUACUAAACGUGAAAAGAAAGUUCAGACGUCACCUUGGCAUAUUCCAUUGUUGCUCUUUCUGCUCAAGUGGGGGUGCUAAAGAGGUGCGCUGUGGCUGUGCUGGGACCAUGCCAGGUGGGUUUCAGGGUUGUGGACAUGGACAUAAAGGACACCCUGGUAAGCCCCACUGGUCAUGCUGUGGAAGUGUGCUGGAGGACUCUGAGUGUAUUCUGCAUAACCUGGGUUCAGUCUCUCCUCAUGGACACCUCAAGACAGUGGAGAUCUGAGCAGUUAUCCUUCUUAGAAAAGAGAAUAAGAUUUUACCAUAAGCUUGAUGCACUCUCUAAUCUUAUCAACCAGCCAACAAAUUCACCAUAUUAACAUACCUUUGCAUAACAGACACUAAAACCGGGCUGACACUACGGUACUGUGAGACUACUUGAAUUGCUAUGACCCUUAAACUACACGACAAGUUUUUUUGUCAUCCUUCAUCUUCUUGUAGUAGCAGCAUACUCGACGCACACUAGGCAACGCAGUUAUUUGGUCAUGGACCAACAUUUAUUUCUUUUUAUAAUCUAAAUAAAGUUUAUUUGGAUGGUAAAAGGGAUACGCACCCAACAGUUUUAAUUCUGUCAUCAUUCAUAUCACCUUCGAGUUGUUCCAAAUCUCUAUACAUUUUCUUUUCUGAUGAAUAAGUAUCCCUUCAAAUGCGCUUUAUAGAUCUCUUCAGUCACAAAUGUGUAAACCUAAAAACAACUUCUUACUCAACAUUUCAUGUAAUUAAAGGGACAGUUUACCAAACAUUUUUAAUUCUGUCAUCACUUACUCCCCCUCGCGUUGUUCCAAAUCUGAAUACAUUUUUUUGUUCUGAUUAACAAAAAAAAGAAAUUUGGAAGAAUGCUUGUAACCAACCAGUUCUUGGCCACCAUUAACUACCAUAGUAGGAAAAAUGCCAAUAGUAGUCAAAAGUCCCCAGAGCUGUUCGCUUUCCUACAUUCUUAGACUGUCUGCGAUCUGAGCUUUGGAUGCGUCAAAAAUUGAACUUGAGCGACUAGACCACAUACGACUUGACGACUGGAAUUGAAGUAUUUCAGUGUACUCCAAUCAACUCACUGCGUGUGAACUGAAAAUGAUUCUACUUUUUUGUUUAACUUUGUCAGUAACACGCGAGUCCUUUAAAGAUGAUUGUUUAUUAAUCAUUAACAAAUUAUUAAUUUAACAUUUAUAAAUUGUGGUUUUAAUCUUAGUUUUGAAUAGUCUGCAUAUUGAUCCUUCCAAAACACUGGCACUGGUUUGUCAUGUAUGCCGAAUAUUGUUUGCAGUCAUUUAUACGUUUUACAAUGGCAGAUAUUGGGAGAAUGUCCCGUGUUGACGUGGGUUUGCGCUCAAACUGGAAGUUCCUCAUGACUCCCACUAGGGGGCAAAUAAAAAGCUGUGAAGUGAAAAGUCUGCUUCAGAACAAAGAAAUUGUACAGAUUUGGAACAACUUGAGGGUGUACUGUUCCUUUAAAUGUUUCAAUGGUGCCUAAUUUUUGUGCUCAUUUGCAUUUACAGCAAUAAAAUAUGAAUAAUGUUUGAUAAUGUUUAAUUGAACCUACACUGUGCCUAAAACAUCCAAAAACAUUGUUGUAUCAAUAUUGUUAGCAUUACUAUGAACAGAUUUAAGAUCGGUUGGACCGGUUUCAUUUAGUUGUUAUUCCUAUAUUGUAUUAUAAUUAUGUUUCUGAUAUUGCACAUUAUUAUGUUUAUGAACGAUGUCCUGUAACAGCAUCGUUCCAUAAUGGUCAAUGUGUUUGCAUGACUCCGUUCCAAAGACUGCUUUAGUAUUUUAUGCAUCUAUGAAUCAUUUCAUUUUAAUUGUCAGCAGCUUUAUGUUUAAUCCUGGUACCUCAGCUCAAACAACGCUUACCUCAAUAGUUGCACUUCUCUAAUUAUAAGCAUGUUUUAUUAUGUUCACACUGUAAUCCUUUGUAUGUUUAAACUGUUUAUUGUAAAAUCUAUGACUGACACCUGCUAUUAAAGUAUGAUAAAGACA